AAAAGAAAAACAUCGAAAGUUCUAUGAAUGACGCGGGUGGAAUUAUCUUGACAAGUUUCUUGGACAAAAAAAGGCAGUAUUUUUGUGUACGGAAAUAUAAGUCAACGACUUGUGCUUUUCGGGAGAUUUUGGGAGUUUUGGUGAAUUGGGGAAAAGUGUCAGUGAGUAUCCGGGAAGAGUCUUGUCCACUUUGGUUCACAUUUUGUUGAACAAUGGCCAAGAGAGUCCAGCCGACGUGGCAAGCUCCUUUGGAGAAACCACGUGCCCAAUUGCGCCUCUACAACAGCCUGACCAGGCAGAAGGAGCCCUUUGUGCCUCUGUCCGGCAACAGUGUCAAGUGGUACAGCUGCGGACCUACGGUCUACGAUGCUUCGCACAUGGGACAUGCCAGGUCAUACAUCUCCUUUGACAUCCUGAGGCGUGUGCUGAUGGAUUAUUUUGGGUAUGAUGUGCUCUAUGUCAUGAACAUCACGGAUAUUGAUGACAAAAUCAUCAAGAGGGCCAGACAAAAUCAUUUGGUGGAGGAAUAUUUGGCAUCAGGGAAGUCUCUGGCAAAUAUUCUCGAGGAUUACGAGAAGGUACUGCCGACAUUCAAGGAGAAUCUGGAGAAGACAACUGAUCCGGAGAAGAAGCAAAUGUUUGAGGGUUUGCUGAAGAAGAUGGCAUCAGCUGUAGAUGCCCUGACGGAUGCCAUUAAGACUGGGGAUGCCAGAAAGGUGGAAGAGGAGAGAAAGAAGUUCCUGGAAGUUGUCAGAGAUCCUUUUAGUGAGUGGUUGGAUCGGAUAAAGGGGGCAAAAGUGACUGAGAAGAGUAUCUUUGGGGGUUUGGCUAGGCAUUGGGAAGAAGCAUUCCAUCGGGAUAUGGAAGCUCUCAAUGUUCGUCCUCCGGACGUUCUGACGCGCGUCAGUGAAUACGUUCCUCAGAUUGUCACGUACAUUGAGGGCAUUAUUUCCCGGGGAUUUGCCUAUGAGUCCAAUGGAAGUGUCUAUUUUGACGUGGGAUGCUUUGACGAAGCCCCAGACCAUUUUUACGCCAAACUCGUGCCUGAAGCCUUUGGGGAUGCCAAAUCCCUGGCUGAAGGCGAGGGAGAUUUGUCUGAGGAUCGCGUCGGGGAGAAAAGAUCCCCAAAUGACUUUGCUCUGUGGAAACGCAGCAAGUCCGGGGAGCCGUCGUGGGAGAGUCCAUGGGGACAGGGAAGACCUGGCUGGCACAUUGAAUGCUCAGCCAUGGCGUCGGAUGUCUGCGGAGAUUCUCUGGACAUUCACACGGGCGGUGUUGAUCUCAAAUUUCCCCACCAUGACAAUGAACUGGCCCAGAGUGAAGCCUUCACCGGACGUCCGGAAUGGGUGAAAUACUUCCUGCACACGGGCCACCUGACAAUAGCCGGCUGCAAGAUGUCAAAAUCCCUCAAAAACUUCGUGACAAUCGAGCAGGCGCUGAAAAAACAUUCAGCUACUCAGCUCAGGCUUGCCUUUCUCCUGCAUUCCUGGAAGGAUACCCUGGACUACUCGGACAAUACCAUGGAAAUGGCCGUGCAGUAUGAGAAAUUCCUCUCAGAAUUCUUCCUCAAUGUCAAGGAUCUCACGAGGAUUCCAAAUGAUGACCUCGCCAGUGCCCAAUUUGAUGAGUGGCAUCAGCCGGAAAGUGAUCUUCAGGCCAAGCUGAGUUCUGUCCGGGAAGCUGUUCACGAAGCCCUCUGCGACAACAUUGAUACGCGUACUGUGUUGGAUCAGCUGCGCAAUCUUGUAGCCCAGAGUAACAUCUACAUCCGGGAUAAUCCCCGGAAGCUCAAUCGCAGCCUGCUGCGCCGGAUAGCCCAGUACAUCACUGACUUGCUGCACAUGUUCGGGGCAAUUUCUGGUCCUAGGAGCGGAAUAGGUUUCCCUGUGUCCGGAGGGGCAGCUGGGACGGACAAGGAGGAGAUUCUAAUGCCUUACUUGAAGGUUUUGGCGGAUUUCAGGAGUUCCGUGCGGGAUAAUGCGCGGCAGGUGAAAGCAACUGAGAUUUUGAGGUUAUGUGAUGCCCUGCGCGAUGAACUUUUGCCGCCACUCGGUGUGAGACUGGAGGACAAAGAGGGGGCGCCGACUGCUGUGAAAUUGGUGGACAAGGAUGUGCUGCUGAAGGAGAGGGAGGCCAAGAGGGCGGCUGAGGCGGAGAAGGCAAGGAAGAAGGCUGAAGUUGCUGCAGCUGCUGCUGCCAAAGAAGCUCAGAAGCGCAUCAAUCCCAGGCAGAUGUUCCUUCGGGAAACCGACAAGUACUCAGCUUUCGACAAGAAUGGACUGCCGACUCAUGAUGCCAGUGGGAAGGAAUUGAGUAAGGGGCAGCAGAAGAAAUUGGCAAAGGUGCAGCAGGCCCAGGAGAAGCGUUACAAUUCAUCUGAAAAUCUCCCACCAGAAUUGCUUGGAGUAGCAAAAAAUGAGCAGGAAUGAAUUACAUGUAUUUACGAUGUGAAAGAAUAAAUAUAUUUCUUUUCUAAA